UCUAAUCCCAUGAACGAGUUCUAAACAAAACGUGGUAGGCAGGAAGAUAAAUCAUGACAUGAAAUUAGACUAAGAACUUAUCCAGAUAAUUGAAGAAAAUAUGCCCCUCACUUUAAGCUUAAUGUUAUGAUCGUCAUAUUAUUAUGUAUAAUACCUUCGCCAUGAAAAUGUGUGCGUGAGAUAACAAGGGGGUUCAAUCGUAUAAUUAUUCCGUUUCUACAACUCUUUGUAUAUACAUAAGACGAUACAAUCACUAAUUACUUUUGGCAACGUCAAUAGUGAUGUACAUAAAAGAAAAUCCGGUCUAGUGAGUGCAUAACCGCUAGAAUAAAAAAAAAAUGUAUAAAAAGACAUGCAAAAAGAAAGCACGAGGGGGGGGCUUUUUUUUAUAAAACUCUUAACAAGUUAAAUUAUCAUCAUGCUCAGCAAGUCUUCCCGUUUCGGCUUGCUUUUAGUAUCUACAAUUGUCCUGCUAUCCGUGACGGUUACAAAUGUAGAUGGGCAGCCCUUGGAUUGUGUCAAUAAAAACGGCGCCAGUGGUUCAAAUUCUGCUGGAGGCGAGUACUGUUCUGAUAAGAAUGAUACAGUAGAUAUGAAAAAACGUGAACCAGAAAAUAUUGAAAAUGGCUCUGGCGUAAAAGAUGGUGCUAUUGUUUCUCCCAGCGUGAUUGCGAAGGGGGUUUAUAACGGACUCGUCCCAAACCUUUAUGAUAAAUCACCAAAUGAAUCUGAAUAGGGG